GAGGCGGAGCCUGGCUGGAGAGCAGCCAAGUUGGGCAUCUUUCUGGAGAAAGCGGAGCCGAGCAUGGAGAACUCAGUGAGGCGGGAUAACCUGGUCUCCCCUCCCCCUAUCCUCCUGUCUGGUCUCUGUCGUUUUCCUGUGACCCCUGACUCCUAGCCUCCGCCACUCCUCAGGGACUGACGAUGUGGCGACCAUCACUUCUGCUGCUGCUCUUGCUGCUCAGGCACGGGGCCCAGGGGAAGCCCUCCCCCGAGGCCGGCCCUCAUGGCCAGGGAAGGGUGCACCACCAGGCUCCCCUGAGCGAGGCUGCUCAUGAUGACGCCCAUGGGAACUUCCAGUACGACCAUGAGGCUUUCCUGGGACGAGAGGUGGCCAAAGAAUUCGACCAGCUCAGCCCAGAGGAAAGCCAAGCCCGUCUGGGGCGCAUCGUGGACCGCAUGGACCGCGCCGGGGACGGGGACGGCUGGGUGUCGCUGGCUGAGCUCCGCUCGUGGAUCGCACACACGCAGCAACGGCACAUACGAGACUCGGUGAGCGCGGCCUGGAACACGUACGACACCGACCGCGAUGGGCGUGUAGGUUGGGAGGAGCUGCGCAACGCCACCUAUGGCUACUAUGCACCUGGAGAAGAAUUUCACGAUGUGGAAGAUGCAGAGACCUACAAGAAGAUGCUGACUCGGGACGAGCGGCGUUUCCGGGUGGCUGACCAGGAUGGGGACCUGAUGGCUACUCGGGAAGAGCUGACAGCCUUCCUGCACCCGGAGGAAUUCCCUCACAUGAGGGAUAUCGUGGUUGCUGAAACCCUGGAGGACCUGGACAAGAACAAAGAUGGCUACAUCCAAGUGGACGAAUAUAUUGCGGACCUGUACUCUGCGGAGCCCGGGGAGGAGGAGCCCGCCUGGGUGCAGACGGAGCGGGAGCAGUUCCGGGACUUCCGGGAUCUGAACAAGGACGGGCGGCUGGACGGCAGUGAGGUCGGCCACUGGGUGCUGCCCCCGGCCCAGGACCAGCCACUGGUGGAGGCCAACCACUUGCUGCACGAGAGCGACACGGACAAGGACGGGCGUCUGAGUAAGGCCGAGAUCUUGGGCAACUGGAACAUGUUCGUGGGCAGCCAGGCCACCAACUAUGGAGAGGACCUGACGCGUCACCACGAUGAGCUCUGAGCCUCGUGUGCCCACCACAGCCUCGUGGUCCCCUGGGGUGACCUGAGGAGGGGUGCCAAUGGCCAGGUCCCUCCUCCAUGUCCAGCCCUGCAAGACUCGGACACAGCUCGUGGUGUCCCCCUGUUCCUGGGCUCUCACGGACCCACCUGGUCAAGUUCUCUCCCUGAGACACCUCGGCCGCUCUCAGGCCUCUCCACCCCACCCCGGGGGCUCUCACAGACCUGAAGGGUGGGGGACCAGCCACUGGCAGAAUCUCCCAGCCCAGCCCACGGCCCCCCACACCAAGCUCAGCCUCCAAGAGCCUCUGCUGACAACACAGCUCCAAAUCUGAGCCUCACUUCACAGACAGGAAACACUGCCCCCUGGCUGCAGCCCUGCGUUUGCCCAGAGGCACCGCCCCAGACACCUCCUCUCUGCCAGGGAGGCAAUAAAAUCCAGUGCUGCGGCCUCAA